UUGAAAGUACAAAAAAAAAAAAAAAAAAAAAAAAGGAGAAGCGAAGACUGACUGACUGACUAUCUGUCUAUGGUCGCUGUUCUUUUUUGCCCUCUUCCUCUUCAUCUUCCUCUGCAUUGCUUUUAUCAUUAACUAUCAAUUAAUUUCCUCUUUCAUUUUCAUUGUCGAAGAAUUACUAUCUAGCUUGCUAGAUAGUGAAAGACACAUACUUUUUUGUGGGUGCUGUGGCUUCAAAUCAGUUUAAGAUGUCUUAACUAGUUCUUCCAGAGAUUUUGGAAGGUACAGCUGAAUGUGCUCGCUUUUGUGUUUGGUUCUAGGGUGCAUGUAUCGGAGACACUGUAACAUUAGAUGACUUGCAGGAGUUUGCACUAAGAAGAAUUGCGUCACUGGAUUUAUCUCCACAAGUUUCAGGAGUUUACAAUAAGAAGAAUUGUGUCCCUGAUUUUUCUUGACAAGUUUCUUCAUUAUUGUUUGGGAAAAUGGUAGAGGGUAAAAAAUUUACUGGACUAAUGGCACCAAGUAACAACAAUGGUAACGACUAUUAUGGUUUCACACAAGGUUUUUACCAAGAAAUUGGUGAUGGUACAAACAUGUCCAUUGACAGUUUACAAACAAGCCAUGCUGGUGGGUCUGUCUCGAUGUCAGUGGACAACAGUAGUGUCGGAUCCAAUGAUUCUUUAACGCACAUGUUAAGCCAUCCUGGUUUGAAACCUGUCAACCACCGUAACUAUAAUGUCUCAGUGGGCGCGAGUGUGUUUCGUCCAGGGAAAGUCACCCAUGCCCUAAAUGACGAUGCAUUGGCGCAAGCAUUGAUGGAUAAUAGGUAUCCAACCGAAGGACUCCAGCAUUAUGAUGACUGGACAAUCAAUUUGAGAAAACUCAAUAUGGGUACAGCUUUUGCUCAAGGUGCAUUUGGAAAGUUAUACAGAGGAACAUAUAAUGGGGAGGAUGUUGCGAUUAAGAUAUUAGAGAGGCCUGAGAAUAUCCCAGAAACAUCACAAGUGAUGGAACAGCAGUUCCAGCAGGAAGUUAUGAUGCUUGCAAAUUUAAAGCACCCGAACAUUGUGCGGUUUAUAGGUGCAUGCCAGAAGCCAAUGGUUUGGUGUAUCGUCACAGAAUAUGCAAAAGGCGGGUCAGUUCGGCAGUUUUUGACUAGGAGGCACAAUCGGGCAGUGCCAUUGAAAUUAGCAGUCCAGCAGGCUUUGGAUGUUGCAAGAGGAAUGGCAUAUGUUCAUGGACUUGGGUUUAUACACCGGGAUUUGAAGUCAGAUAACCUCUUAAUUGCAGCAGAUAAAUCAAUAAAAAUUGCUGAUUUUGGUGUUGCAAGGAUUGAGGUGCAGACUGAAGGGAUGACACCUGAAACGGGGACGUACCGCUGGAUGGCUCCAGAGAUGAUUCAGCAUAGGCCUUAUACACAAAAGGUGGAUGUGUACAGCUUUGGAAUCGUUCUCUGGGAGCUCAUAACAGGUUCGCUUCCCUUCCAGAACAUGACAGCUGUGCAGGCUGCAUUUGCUGUGGUGAACAAGGGGGUAAGGCCAAUUAUCCCAAAUGAAUGUCUGCCUGUGUUGAGUGACAUAAUGACCCGCUGCUGGGAUGCCAACCCUGAAGUGCGUCCUCCCUUCACCGAGAUUGUUAGGAUGCUUGAGAAUGCUCGAACUGAGAUCAUGACUAAUGUGCGCAAGGCUCGCUUCAGGUGUUGCAUGGCUCAACCCAUGACAGUUGAAUGAUCCAGAAUAGAAGACCGGAAAAGAAAGGAAAAAAAGAAGAAAGACAGAUGUUAAUGAGGAUACAGAUGAAAAUUGUAUUAUUAAACUGACACUUGGUAUGAACUGAACUUGUAUGUUUAUGUAUCAGUGUUCUUUUCCUUUACCCUUAUUUUCUUUUUGCAAGAUAGGAAGAUGCCAUCCAUUUAGACUGCUGGGUUGUUUUAGUCAAUUGCACUGAUGUAGCAUGGUCGAAGGUCCUAUAGUAAUAGCGGGGGAGAAUCAAUGGAGAAUUGUCAUUAGU